AUGGCAAACCUCAAUAACGGAUUUCCUUUGAAGUCCGAACCUCGCGAUGUUACCAAGUUCGAAUUGUUCCCAACCCGAGCCAACAACGAUCCUGUACCUGAAUGGCCAAAAGCUGACGGGAUUUCUAGAACACUUCCUUUGUUCCAAGUUCCGACCAGAACCAACCCUGCAAGUAAUUUUGGAACGGCGCUACCUAGACCUCAAGGGCUGACAACCGUUAGCAUAAACUACCAACCAGGAGACAAUAUUUCCCCCAUUCUAGAGAGGUUGCAGCGCCCAUGUCCAGAUUUACAGGAGCUUAAACUGAUUGGCCCGGAACCGACAGAUGCUCCUUCGAAGUGCGUCGGCGAACUCUUGUCGACCUUGUGGGCCCCACAACUCAAGUGCCUGGUUCUGCGCUACACAGAGGUUACUUGUCUUGAAAAGGGAAAUUGGACCAGUUUCCAGCUCACUCACCUGGAGAUUGUCAAGAGUGACACGUCAGUUCAUGAUAUAUUCACCAGCGACUGGUUGAAUAUACUUGAAACCCAGCCCACUCUUCAGACCCUCUAUCUCUCUGGCUGCAAUGGAAGCAGUAUCAACACAAUGGAAGGAUCAGACGCACCCGUCCACAGAUCGAGGCGGGUCGUUAAUCUCCCAUAUCUCAAGGAAUUCCGAUACAAUUCAGAAAUUGCGAACUGUAACGAGUUGAUCGAAUUUCUCGAGUUUCCGUCAACUUGUUAUGUCCAUAUCGUUGCGGGCCAGCACACGAAAACGGAAGACAGAGAUCUUCAGGGAACUCGGCGAGCAUUCGAGCGUAUUCUUCGGAAAUUGUAUCAUGAGCUCCAGUCAGCGAGGCUACAGUACCCGGGAAGUCAUUUGGACUGGCACUUUAGAUUCACCGAACACUGUAUCGCAUUGGAUAUUACGAUGUGCUUCGACUGGAACCUGCCAAUGCAAUCUCGUCGCUUUACGUUCGAAUACAAUGUACUACAUACCGUGGAAAUGGAUGUUGGAAUGGGUGGUGUCCUGGCCAAUGCGCUUCUAUGCGACGUCUUCAUAAACGUAAGAGAAAGCUUAAAUCACAUAGCGGAACCGACUGCUCUCGUUCUGGAGGUAUCAUGCUCCUUGACACACCGCUGGUAUGAUGAUCACCUCCCUCUGACCGACCUGUUAAAGACAUUCCGUCAUUGCCACCAACUCACCUUGGCCGGGAAAAGCAUUCUCAACCUCGUCGAAUUCAACUUAUUUCACCGUCAAGUGCUUGAGGCCAUGAUUCCUUCCCUCAUGGUGAUACACCUUCGAGUUCCUGUACCGGCGAGAAUACUUCAUCAUCAGCUCUCCCAAAAAAUUGGCCAUUUUAUUCAACAGUGGCAUAUUGCUGGACGGCAGCCUCCCUUCGUGAAUUGGGUUUACCAUAAUAGUUCCCAUGCACCGAACUAA